AUGCACAACAACAUGGCGGAGCUUUCAGAACUCGUGUUGAAGGCUGUCGACAGAACUGAAGGAGUAGAUACUAAAGACAUAGCCUCACAGCUAAAUGUAGAUCACCAAAAAGUAGUUGGGACUGUAAAAAGUUUACAGUCGUUGGAAGGUGUAAUCACUGCAGAGCAAUGUGUAGAAAAAUGCUGGCAGCUGACAGAGGAGGGAAAGAAAAUUGCUGAAGGAGGAAGCCAUGAGGCACUUGUUUACUAUGCAGUGCCAUCAGAUGGAGUCACACAGGCUGAAAUCAUGAAAUCUGUUCCAAAUGCCAAAGUCGGCUUUAGUAAAGCUAUGCAGAAUGGCUGGAUUCAGAUUGACAAGAAAGCUGAAGGUGGACCAAGAGUUACCAAGAAGGUUGACAACAUUAGCGAUACUGUACAGGAAUGUCUAAAAAGAGUAGAACAGGGCAAAGAUGACAUGACUGAUGCACAAAAAGCGGAGUGUAAGAAAAGGAAGCUCAUCACAGAGAUAAAGCUAACAAGUUACCAACUGAGAAAGGGACCAGUUUUUACAUUGUCUGUACAGAAACAAGAAGUGGACUUAACACCAGAAAUGAUACAAAACGGGACGUGGAAGGAUAAGUCAUUCAAAGAAUACAACUUUGAUGCAUUAGGGGUACCUCCCAAUUGUGGACAUCUUCAUCCACUGCUGAAAGUCAGAGCAGAGUACAGACAAAUAUUCCUUGAAAUGGGUUUCACAGAAAUGCCCACCAACAAUUUUGUUGAGAGUUGUUUCUGGAAUUUUGAUGCCCUAUUCCAGCCUCAGCAACAUCCGGCCAGAGAUGCACAUGAUACCUUCUUUGUCUCAGACCCCCAGUUUGCUCACGAGUUUCCUAUGGACUACUUAGCAAGAGUUAAAAAAGUGCACUCAGAAGGGGGAUAUGGUUCUCAAGGAUAUAACUGUGACUGGAAAUUGGAAGAAGCCAAGAAAAAUAUUCUACGGACACACACAACCGCUGUCAGCAGUCGAAUGUUGUAUAAGAUUGCGCAACAGGAGGAGUUCAAACCUGUGAAGUACUUCUCCAUAGACAGAGUGUUCAGAAAUGAGGCCACAGAUGCCACUCACCUUGCCGAAUUCCACCAGAUUGAAGGUGUUGUGGCUGAUCGGGGAAUGACCUUGGGUGAUCUCAUGGGCAUCAUCAAAGAGUUCUUCAAGAAGUUAGGCAUUGACGAGAUCUGUUUCAAACCAGCAUACAACCCAUACACUGAGCCUAGUAUGGAGAUUUUCGGCUACCAUGAUGGAUUACAGAAAUGGGUAGAGCUUGGAAACUCAGGAAUCUUUCGCCCAGAAAUGCUCUUGCCAAUGGGAUUACCAGAUGACGUGUCAGUGAUAGCUUGGGGAUUAUCACUAGAGAGGCCCACCAUGAUAAAAUACAAGAUUGAUGACAUCCGCACAUUGAUAGGGCCAAAAGUGGACCUGCAGAUGGUCUACAACAACCCUAUAUGUAGACUAGACAAGUGAGAAGUCUGGAACCACUGAUAUAGAUAUUCUAAUUUAUAAAUCAAUUUUACAUCAUUAUCCGAUGUUGACAUUUCUUCACUCUAAGCAUGACAAGACCAAGACAGCUUUUUGUUUUAUGCUUUGUACGUUAUUGGCAUUUCUUCAUUAUAUUGGGGUUGACAUAUUUUGGUCCAAUAGAAUAUGUAAUUCUAACACUGGUUUGUGCAAUAAGGUAAUACAGAAACAAGUACAAUGGCACCAUGUCUGUACUUCAGUGUUAUUGGUAUGUACAUGAUGCUACAAUGGAUUCAUCGGACUGCACUUGUAUGUGAAGAGGCUCAAAUUCAAUAUUAGUGAAAAGUUGAUGGAGUAGCUCAUGGUGUAAGGUGACAAGACUGUGAAAGGAAGAUUUUGUCUUCAUGCAAAAGGAUGUCGGCUUAUUAAAAUCAUAGGUGCACUAUACUUUUAGUUCACAAUGAAUUUUGAUGAAAUUUUAUUUUCAGAAAUCAAACGUAGUACAUUUUUGUU